CCAUCGAUCGGGUCUUUCGAGUAUUGCCAAUCUGAACUGUAUCGCCGGGACCAAUACGAAGAAUAAAAAAUAUUUAAGUUCUCCAAAAGAUCGAUAGAAGCUCUGACUAACGUGAAACCAGCUCUCUCCUCGCCGGGAUCCGCUGAUGGUUAGCUGGUGUCGUAGUGAAUAUUUCCAUCGAUCUGCACAGAAUUUCCUACCUCCAAGUAUCACUAUUUUCUAUCACAUUCCUGGAUUCCGCUCAGACAUUUAUUUAUCAUUGCGGCAUAUCACUGGCGUCUACUGUCCGGAAUUGGAGACCUGGGGAUGCGAGUCUGAAAUAUAACCUGUUUCCCUUUUAACAAUUGUGAAGUGACUAAAGCAAUUUUAGCGAAACAUGAAGCCGAUUUGGACUGUUUUGGUUGUGUUUGGAAUAGUUCUUGUCUUUUCUCAUCAUUCCAUACAGGAACCAAUUAACAAAUCAGGCAAUGACCAUCAUCCGGAUUUAAUUAAUAUUGAUGAAGGUUCACUUCAUCAUUCCAAGCCAAGACCUAAACCUGCUGUUACUAUAGAGAGAGACGAUGAUGAUGACGGAGAUGAUAGUGACGUCAUCGAUGGUUCCGGUUCUGGGGCUAGUGAAGUUAAAAUAGAAACCACAACAUUACAUCCAACACAAUACCCAGGUCCUGUGGUUAUGGAAACACCUGCGCCAAUGUCAACCAUGGACGAUAGAAAAAUCAAAGAAAUUAUCAUUCAAGAAAAAGGCUCAAAACUUCUAAAAGAUGUUUCAGAUAACAACACAAAAGUAUUGGUUUAUGGAAAUAACGUUAUUACCCUAGUAUCUGAUGACGACAAAGAACAAAACACAAACGAAGAUAAAAAGUCAGCCUCCAAUAUACUGGCUGAGAAGAUUAAAGAAACUGGGAAAAAUCCUAAACGACCAGAGGAAACAAAGAAGGAACAAAGUGACAGAAUUUGUGAAGCUCUUGCUUGUAAAUAUGGUGCAAAAUGUACUGAAAAAGAACCACUUAACUUUGAAUGCAUCUGUCCAGUUGGCACAUGCGCAGACGAAGAAGGUGCAGAGGUCUGUGGAUCUGACGGCAUGACAUACCGGGGCUCUUGUCAGCUGGAGAUGGAGAGCUGCAAACAACAGAAAAACAUCUCUAUAGUUAAACAGACUAGCUGUGAGCAAGAAACUCUAGAGAUGUGCCCGCUGUUUCCAGUCCCAAAGUGGAGUCCAUGGUCGAUGUGGAUAAAGUCUGGUCCCACUGAGUUCCGUUUCCGGGUUUGUCUUUCCCAUGAAACCGGAAGUCCAGGAUGUGACGGGAAGUCGAUUGAGGAGAGGAAGUGUAGAAGUCGUCAAGUAGGUUAUUGUCAGUCUACGCUAGGAAAGACCAUUCCUAGAAAGGAGCAUAAAUGCGAAGGAAGCGACGUUGCCGAUUACACAAAACUAGAUAUAUUGCUCCCAAGAUUAAAAAAUGAAGAUUAUGACUGCAUGUUCUCUCUGUAUGACACCGCUGAGUCCAAAUUUGUCCAUACAAAUUGGACCCUUGACCAACUGUUAAAUAAAGGGGAUUCCGUCGUUUGGUGUGCCCACAGAGGCAUAUUUAUUCCUUUUGUAUCUGCAAAUCAGAGAUGCAAUCAUCAUCUCAAAAACUUCUGCAGCAAACCAAAGGUCUGUGAAAAAAAGAAAAGAAAGGGUCUAAAGGACCGUGGAGACUUUAAGAAGAAGUGUUGGAAAAAAUUCCUCUUGGGCGAAUCUCUUCCAGUUGCACUUCCUCUAAAAGAUAAGUAUUUCAUCUGUCAGAGAUUUGCAGACGAUACUGAAUUUGCUCACAUAUUUGGAAACAAGCCUUUCUACACAACAGUAUACGACACUAGAAGGAAAAUUCCGCUGAUUUCAUUUGGGCGCUUCAGCAAUCUUGGAGAUAAGUCUUGGCCCGCCGUUCCUUCAAUGAUUGAGAAGGGUCUUAAGAAAAUUGAACCAAUGGAUGUCGGUCUGAAAAGAAAGAGAGAGCCCAAUGGACUACAGUAUGUAUCAACCGAGGAUAUGACCUUCGAACAAAGAUGUCAGCUUGGGGAGUACCAGGCCAUCGAGUCUGACUAUGAGAACCAGCCAUACCAGCUACAAUAUCUACUGGCUCCUGAGAUAGCAGGAAGUGACGUUGCAAAGCGGAUCGCUACCCUUUCGAUGACCAAUACUGUCCCUAUUCAUGCCUCUAUUUACAGCGCUUGGAAACAGGCGUUAGAAAGUGUUAGAAAAUACGCCAUCAAUGUUUGUGGAGUUGUUAACUUGGACCAAAAUGUAGAGAACCAUCAUAGAAGAAAGAAGAAUAACUCCCCUGAUAUACAUAUUGUAGCCGGAGGGGUGCCAUCUCAGAAUAAAACGAUUGGAAAUGAUGUAAAUGUCCCGGACGUCAUUUGGUUGGCUGGAUGUUGUGUAAAAGGUGGUGAAACCAAGUCUUUUGCAAUCUACGUUAGAAACGUCCAAAAUGGACAAAUUAUUUCAGCCCCUGUAGAACAAGUGGAGGUUCUUCUAUCAGAUCUUCAUAAAACAGAACCAACAGUUCGGUUAUUUCCGGCACUGAACGGAAUGUGUGCAGACUUACAAAAUGACGUAUCGAAAUACGUGAUUGUUUGAAAGGUAUUGCAAACGCAGUGUUAAACAAAAACAUUAUUUUGUUCAGUUUUCCCUCUCAUAUCUUGGAAAUAAUACUCAGCAAUUUAUAAAAUCUGUGCACAAAAGGAUUUGAUCUACUUAAGGAUUUGUUUGAUCAAUGUGAAUUACACUAAAUCAAAAUUAAGAUGACAAACGUAACAAGUUUGUUUCAAAAAUCUACAAUUGAGAUGAUUUAGGUUGUUUAAGGAGUAUAAAUGGUCCUUAUUUUCAUUUGAAGUAUAAAAGCAAUAGAAAUCAUUCUACAUUCAUAUUUGUAUGUACAGAAUCGUCGAUAUAUUGAUGUUUAUAUACAUUUUUAUUUCUACAGUUUUUGGUACAAUGCCCUUUACAUUGCAAUACUGAAAGGCGAAAUACUCAAAGUAUAUUUCAAUAUUUGGAGUAUUCUUUCAACUUGAUAGAGAAAAAAAGAGUAAAUUAAUGGAGCUCCAAAAGUGACAUUCAUAAUGUUGUGAAAACUUCUUGAGUAGACUUAUGAUAUUCGACCUAUUGUUUAUAAACAAACUCGGCAAAAGAAUAUCAAUUUUAUUCCUUUUUCCCAAAGGAAUAGUUUAUAGAUUGAUGAAACUUGGAAUGUGCAGUAUUUUGCAUUUUCUAGCACUGUUAAGUUUUCUUGGUUCAAAAAGGGUAAUUGAAGUCACAAUUUGCUUUCAGUGUUCAAUCUCAGUGUACAUAUUCUUUUAGAUAUAUAUUUCGCUUUUCCCAUUUUCAGUGCAUUGCAUUCAUUUACAUGGAGUAGAAAGUUUUCCUUCUUAACGACAUUUAACCAGUCAUACUCCCAGAGCUUUCUUAUAUUGAAUAUUACUUACAUGUACAAACAACAUUGUAACUACAACUGUACAACUAGGUUAUUACAUAUCUCGGUUAUAAAGCUCACAAAAUCUGUUAUUGGUGUGACUUUUAUUUUCGAGCCCAUCAAACAGAAAUGAACACAGCAUAUGUAUUAUUACAAGAAACUACCUUACAAUUUACCUAUAAAAUAAUACUUCAUGACAAUUUUAUCAUUUAGGUAGCUUGCAUUGACCCAAGCACGUAUACUCAAGAAAAUACCCGUAUACUCAAGAAAAUACCCAAACUGCUUGUUAAAAUCUGAUGAAUUAGCUCAUGCAGUAGUUUAACAUUUAGGUUCAAGUUAUAGCUUAUAAGCAAACUUGUAUGAUGAUACUUUGUAACAUACCUUUUAAAGGUAUCUAAUAGAUAUAUAGAUCAUUGGCUUUAUCCAUUGAACCCAUAAUUAUAUGUACCUAACUCUAGCAAUUGUGUUGUUGUUUAUUAUACAUAUAUAACUUAUUACGAUUUAAGUGUAAAUAUCUUAAUAUUCGAAUUCAUGUCAUGUAUUGUUAAUAUUUUAUUUUAGUUAUAUUGCAUUCCAUUCUGUUCGUGUUAUUGCUGAAUAAAAUUGGUUUUCUUUA